AUGAAAGUAGCUCAUCAAAAAUUGUAGUGCCGGCUGUGCCGUCAACUACAAUUCAAGAAAACUCAACAACAAAUGACGAAGAGCAUACAAUCAUACAAUCAGUCGCCGCUAAUGAGUUUGAUGCUUCCCAACUUCCAUCUGACCCUGGAUUGAGAAUACCGAUCUCAAGGUAUCAUCCAAAUAUUAGAGAUCAAGUUCGAAGAGCAUAUUUGCAGAAAGGCCCUUGUCAACCAUUUGAGCAUGACUUCCCAAUGAAGAUGGUUUCUGCAAAUAAAUCAAGAAGAUUUGUUCCGACUUGGUUUACUGAACAUGAAUGGUUGGAGUAUAGCAUAUCUAAAGAUGCUGCUUAUUGUUUGUAUUGUUACCUUUUCAAACCCAACAAAGGGAAACAAUCAGGAGGAGAUGUGUUUGUUUCAGAGGGAUUUAGCAGUUGGAAAGAUAAGGCCAAACUUAAUGUUCAUGUUGGAAAGCAUGAUAGUGAGCACAAUCAAGCUCGAAUGAGGUGUGAUGCAUUGAUGAACCAAGAUGCAC